UUCCUGUUUUUGACCUACGGUCACACAUAUAUAUCCAAACAUUAACUUCAGCACAACGGUUUGCGUAAUAUUAUUGCAAUGUUGAAGCGUGCUUUGAUAUAUGGAAAAUUCCGCACGAAUGGGAUUUACGGUUCAUUUGAAAAUGGAACAAGGUGGUCUCGUUUAAUGUCCAUGUAUCCUCCACAUUAUGCUGAGCCUAUUUUUAAAAAAGAUUCCCAAAACAUGGAAAAAUAUGAACUUGCAAAACUUUCUCACGUGCCAAUCAAAGCAGCUUUAAAUAGUUCUUCAGACACUAUCUUCAACGCGGAACUUAAGCAGAAAAUGUUAGCUUAUAUAGUUAAAUGUGGGAACAGUCGGUUGGCCAGAGAGUUAUUAACAAAAACAUUCGAACAGAUAAAACGGGCCCAAAUUGAACGCAAACAUCUAGUUAAACAAGAUAAUGGGCAUGCUAUUUGCAUUGAUGCUGAAAAGCUUUUAAUUCAGGCCAUAGAAAAUAGUAGGCCCUUGCUACAAUUGUCGUCAAUCAAAAGAGGUGGAGUGAAAUAUCAAGUACCUGUACCUUUGACAAGUAAGAAAUCGUACUUCUAUGCGAUGAAAUGGAUUCUAGAUGCUGCUAAAGAGAAGGAUCGGAAAAUUAGCCUAUCAAGCAAGCUGGCUUGGGAGAUUUUGGACGCUGCUCAUGGACAAGGAAGAGUCAUCAAAAAGAAGAAUGAUCUGCAUAGGUUGUGUGAAAAUAAUCGGGCAUAUGCUCAUUACAGGUGGAGUUAAAAUAUUUAAAUUCUAACAAAUAUGUGCUGCAAGCUAUGAAGGUUUUAAUAGGCUUUUAAAAAUAUGGAGUAUGUAUGAUAACGUAGCAAACCUGGUUGCUGCGUAGAAAAUCUGUUAAAAAUUUUUAUUUUAAUAAAAUAGUUUAAUAACAUUUGGUGAAAACGACCAAAAUAAUCGUAUCCCACUA